AUGUCUCUUCCUAUUAUCCGACUACAUACUGUAGAUUCCAACAAUGCCACUCUGGCGGAUGAUCCCGUAGCGGCCUCCUGCACACUGUAUACAUUUCUCCGCUCCGUUCCCAGUUGGGUGGAGUGUGAGAUGGCCAUGUCAGACUUUAAGAAGGCCGUGCAAGCCACUCGUGGUCACUCUCAUUUAUCGAAGAAUAAUGAAAAGACAGUCAAUCGCAUUUACGCCGCUGUUCAUGAACGUUUCCAUUCGCGUCCACCAACGGUGUUGCCGGCAAUCGCACGGCAGACCUGCAGAUGGCGGUCAGUGCUGCGGGGAUCAGAAGAGAUGAAAACAACAGGCAGCAACACACCACCCACGCGAUCACAAGACUUAACACACGCCACUCAAGAGGAUGAGUGCAGUACACAACAACCAGUUCAUACACCACUCUCAUCAUCUAAUACUAGCAUUAUCAAUAACAAUGAUCCCGUGAUGGUAGUAGUGAAAGAAACUGUCCCCGCAAAGGAAAUGCGAUUUGAAAAUCCAUAUGAACAAACAUAUUUACCUGCAGAAUGGCCAGUAGCAUCCGCUACUGCACGUAAUGCAGUAGCGAAAAUAUCUCCCUCAGCAGAUGUUGAAAAGGAAAAAAAAGAAGAAAAAGAAGAAGAGGGAAAAGAUAUUCAUAGUGGAUAUAUGCCUCAUCCAAUGCUCCGAACAGCACUGGAACAACUCCGUUCAACUGUUCCAGCGGAAGAGAGUGAUGAUGAUAGACGUGAACGGGAGUUCGCUACCAUGAUGGAGUCAAAGGCAACGGCAAUUCACACAAAGUUGUCAAGUACCCUUUCUAUGAUUCCACCUGAGGAGAAGGAGUGUGUAUCGUUUUUACAGCAGAUCGCUACAAGACUUGCGGUUGCAAAGAAGCUUUUUGAAGUACAGAAAUAUGAGGAGGAAACCAUUCAAAUCACUCACUGUGCAUUGAAACUGGAAAUUGCCACCAUGCGUGAUAUUCUUAACAAGGUUGUUGAUGCCGUUGCCGAGGUGGAAGAGCGUCAUGAACGUGAAGGCCCACAUAGUCCACACUACGCAGAGGAAUGUCAUAUCAUGGCUGCUAUUCAGCGAGCCUUGGAUGAACUUCCCUCUUAG